AAUUGGAGAAAAUUUUAUUUAGUAUAGAAUCUCAGUCCUUCAGGUCUUUUUAUGUGUGCGACGUGUUAAAGUAAAAUAAUAAAAUAAAAUUUCGAGCAGAGGUUUAGUUCAAACAAGACUAUCAAAUGAGUUGGGACCGAGAUUUAUCGAUAUAAAUUUUCAUUACUUUUUUUUCUUCUCUCGUUUUUAAAGACGUGCGAUUAUGGUUACGUUACAGUGUUAAUUGCGUGGAAAUUACGGGUUAUACGCAGAACAAUUUCGGUUCGAAUUUAAUUAUGUUAUUCCUGUGUUAUUAAUCGGAUAAAGUACAAUGGACAUAUCAACAUUAUAAAUAAACUUUAAGUCAGUGGUGCCAUGGACAAUAUAUGUAAUUUUAAAUGUUAAUAGAGUUGUGACACAUAUAUGAGAAUUACGAAUCAAUUAAAAUAUUUUCCGGGAAAAAUUGAAAAUUAUUUCCGAAUAAUUCGAUAAAUUGGAUCACCGAACAAUGGCAACGAAUUUAUUAUUUCCAUCGAACCAGUGGACUACGUCUGCGAAUCAGUUUCAUUCGAAUCAAUCGUAUUGCAAUCAGUAUCAUCAGUAUCAUAACCAGUGGAACAAUACAUCCAAUCACGGACAGCUACCUCACGUAAUACAUCCAUAUACAGCAUAUCCACCGCAACCAUCAUCUGUGUCAUCAUUAACAUCGAAUAUGUCGAACCUGUCUGUCGGUUCGAGUCUAUCACCGCAAUCAACCAGUUCAUCAGCUAGUCCGCCAACCAUUUCCUCAUUGAAUGAUACAGUGGGCUUGAACUAUGGCAUCAGUGUUCCAACUCAGCAGGAGUAUGCUUCCAGAUCACUCAACUACUAUCCGUCGAGUUAUUACGGAAAUAAUUACUACGGCUAUCAACUUCCGAUCGACACAGCCUUCCAGUCGUGGCCAAUCAAAAUAGACGAUUUCCAUUUAAGUCAAUUGCAGCGGCGGUGUCAGCGGUGUAAUUGUCGAAACUGUAAAAAUGAGUUAGCUGGAUUACCUCCGGUUAUCGGUCCGGAUCAGAAGGGAAGAAAGCAGCAUCUAUGUCAUUAUGCUGGUUGCGAAAAGGCGUAUGGAAAAACGAGUCACUUGAAGGCGCAUCUAAGAUGGCACACCGGAGAGCGACCGUUUACCUGUACAUGGAUCUAUUGCGGAAAACGAUUUACACGAUCCGAUGAACUGCAGAGACAUUUACGCACACACACCGGUGAGAAAAGAUUUACCUGCUCAAUAUGCGCAAAGAAAUUCAUGCGAAGUGAUCACUUAUCGAAACACUCAAAAAUACAUGCGAAAAAAACGAAACGAUCGUCGGCACCUACGAAUGAGGAAAGUUCAACCAUAAAGACUGAAAACCCACCCGUCGACGAACAUAGACAAUUAGACAACAUAGCCGACGAAGACAAUCUUCAAAUCUCACCGAAACCAGCGUACACACAAGAACUGUCCAUCUUAACAGAUCAACAGAACCAAACGGCAAACUGUGAAAAUCCAGCCUACAGCAAUAGUCAAAAAUCUCCUGCGCCAUUAUUUUACUCUCAUCUACCGAAUCAGACGUCAACGGUGGCCAACCAUCCAUACAGUCAUCCGAAUUCGGUUUUUUACCAUUUCACCAACAAUCCCAGCAAUAGUUAUCCAGAGACGCACAGUCGGCCGGUGACUGGUCAUCAGAAUAGUUCGAAUGUAGACAGCCAUAACGGAACAACUACCUCAGCAUACAACGAAAAAUACACUUAUGACAACUAUCACCAAUAUUAUCCCUCACAAGCACAAGUUUACCACAUAAAUUACGGGAAUGGUCACAAUUAUCCUUGAGAUUGUGCAGUGUAAAUUUUUGUAAAUGUUAUAUAUGUAGCAUCACGCCAGCCAUCAACAAUAAUAUUUCCAUGAACGGACAGUAAAAUUAAAGAAAUUUCCCAUCGUACCCAUAAAAGUCCUUUAAAAAAAAACUUUCGAUUUCACUCAAACAUUUACAGCGCAAAAAAAUGUUUAGUUGUGGUUCUAGUCGUGUGGCGGGAGACCCGUUUCAAAUGGCACAAAUACGCAGAAGAUUUCAUCUCAUCGAAAUACCAUUUUAAUAAUAGAAAGUUAGUCCGGACGGAUCCUUUGUCGAUCCUUUAAUUAUGUUGGACGAUUUUGUUUCGCAAUCGAAUCAAAAUCGUCCAGCCUAAAUUGAAAAACGUGAAAAAAAAAACUCAAAACCGAGUUCAGAUGACGAAACAUCCGAGGGCAUGAACAAUCUAAUAGAUUCGAUGCGACAUUUCGAUGGUUUUUAAAAAAUUGAAAAAAAUUUCAUAUUGCCUAAACGCCUCUUCCGCCACUUGCCCUAUUUUUAAGUUGCAUCUGCAGAAAGUUUUUCAUGAAAAAGAAAAAACUCCAGAUGCGAGAAGCAAUCAGUUUUCUGCAUUGUUAUACACACUCCGUUGAUGAUUUAGAAUAAUUGAUGACAAGAUUUAAUUGCUAUGAUCGGUCAAAAAUAGGUCACUACAAUUAAAUUUUCUCCUCGCCAUUGUUGGUGGCUUUUGUUUAUUAGAAUUACUUUUGUCGAAAUUCAGAGAAAUUUAUAUGUAAAAUAUUUUAAAUCUUUAACUAAAUAAAUUAACUGUAAACAA